GCCGCCCGGCCCCAGCGGGUUAGUUGGCAGGAGACCACAUUCAGUCUGCAGCAGAGGACCCGAGGUUCAGGACAGUUCACAAGAUGGUUUGCGGCCUCUUCGUCCUCUUAGCGGCGGUGGCGGGUGCCCAGGCCGCCAGCACCGGUGCGUGCGACCAGAGCGCGUGCAGCGGCGACGACUCCGGCCUGCGCCGCCUGCACCACUACUACAGCGAGCUGGACUGCAAGCCCGUCACCAAGCCCGGGGAGUGCUGUCCCACCAGCUACGACUGCGGCCACAUGGCGACGCGAGACAAGUCCGUCUGCUACUUCAAGGGCAAGGCGUUGGACGUGCGGCCGGACAUCAGUGCGCUUGACCCCUCCGCCUGUCUGGCGGGCUGCUUCUGCAGGCAGACCAAGGAGGCCGGCGCUGUGGCGAUGCUCACCUGCGCGCACGUAGAGUGCCCAACCCUUUUCAACCCUUCCCUCAUCCCGGAGGGCUGUGUGGCUACCUACUCGACCGAGAAAUGCUGCUCCGACGGCAUCCUCUGCCCUCAGAAUACGACCGCUGAGACCACCAAAUGCGAGUGGAAGGGGAAGACGUACCUCGAGGGCGAGAAGUUCUACCCGGAGGAGGAAGCCCCGUGCAAGACGUGCAUCUGCCAGAAGGGUUUCGACGGCACGCUGAACGGCCCGUGGUGCAAGGAGGUGACGUGCGGGUUGGAGCUGCACUACACGAACUACAUCACCAAGGGGUGCGCGCCCGUCUUCUACGGCAAGAGCAAGUGCUGCCCCAUAGAAUGGCGCUGCCCUGCCGAUGACGACGUCGUGGUCGCUGUCGCCACGAGCAAGAACCCCGUGGACCCGGAAGCGCCGACCUGCAAGUGGGGCCCGCUCACCCUCAAGCAGGGCGAGAGCCUGGUGCCCACGCCCAAGAGCGGCCCCGGCCCCUGCCAGCGCUGCCGGUGCGAGGUGCCGCCGCACGUGACCUGCGCGACGGACGACGGGCAGACGUGCGCCCCGGACAACGUCCCCGACGUGGCGGCCCCGGAGCCUGUCCCGGACACCACGGUGGACGCGACCACGGCGGCCGCGGCCAGGAGCGCCCGCAGCAUCACCUGUGCGAAUGUGCGGUGCGUCCGAAAAUGCGUGAUGGUGAACGAUGAACCGAAGUGCAUGUAAGCAAUCGAACGCACCAACCAUUUGGCCUUUUCUAUGGUCUGCGAGAAUUGGAUGACCCUCCAUUCAUCUCCCCAGUAGUCAUCAAGUUUCUUUUUUGUUGUUGUUUUUCUUGUGGUUUUUAAAACAAUUUCAUUAUUAUUUUUAAAAAUAUUAUUGUGAACAUCAGUAUUAAUUUUUUAAAUUAUUUGAAUGGAACAUGGAAGUGUCAGUAUAAGAAAUAAACAUCACAUAAAUAAAAA